AUGAUUCAAGCAAAGAUGGCAGCAAAGUAUCAAUCAGCCUUACAGCCAUUCCACAUCGAUCAACAGAGAGAGUGGAUGGUUUUCGCAGUCCGCCUCUUCAACGCUGACACAUUGGAUCUUGUGAUGGACGAGGAAGAGAAGCUGCAGGCUUUGAGUCUGCUUGCAGAGCAAAUCAUAUUUGGAAUGGAGUCGAAAAGACCUAUCAGCAGUAACAGGAUCGUGGUCCAAGCUCGCGAUAUGUGCGAUGGCAAGAGGUCGUUCAACGCAUUCACUAUGCACACGGCAUUGCUGAGAUACCAGCUUCAGCCCCCGAGAGCUUGGUACCAAAGUCGCGAUAUGCGACAGUGCCUAGCAGAGCUUCUGUAUCUCGACAACUGCUCCAAGGGCACGGACUGCUACGCUGAGGACAAGCUGCUGGAUAUCAGCCCUGUGCCGAUCCCUCCAGGAAUGAUCUUGCGGUCUCGAGAAAACGAGAAUCCCAUCGAUCCACAAUCGUUUCUCGUCACCCAGUCCAAGUCCGCUUGCGAAUUCCCGUCGCCAACACCGCCGAAACCGCCGAGAAAUGCUGGCAUUACGGCCGAUGAAAAGAAGAAACGCCUCAGCCUAUGGGCACAAUCUCCAAGCAAUGACACAUCUGCAGACUUUGGGAAGUAUACAAGCACAAGCUCAAGCGACAGGAACCGAGACUCGGCAUCGAACAGCAGCCCCAUCCUUCAGACGCGUUUGCCUGUGCAGAAGAGCCUCGAUCGUAUCGGCGAAAGCAAGAUCAUUGAUAUGCGAAAGACAACAUCAAUGCUGGACAAGAUUGCCAAGUUUGAUGCCCAAUGUGUUCGCGAGCUUGCACUCAACGCAUUCCUCGCCGACCUCAGAGGUGCGGGUUGGAUCGACCUGGAAAAAUCGGCAAAAGAAGUUGUGACAAACGCUGACUGCGACCUGCGGAUCUUCCUGGCUGAGCGAAUGAAAGAGCAACUCGACUUGCGCCUCAAAGGUCCCCCCAAAGACCGCCCCCAGAGCGUAUUUGGAUCCGUCUCACAGUUGGGAGCAAGAACCUUCGGGCAGAUUCCGAUUGAGAACAGACUCGGAGCUGUGUCGAGUCCCAGCUUCGGCUCUGUGAAAGUUGAGUCAGAUAAGGAAGCUCCAGUCAAGCUUGAGUUUUCUUUCCCGGCUUUGGGUUGGCGGGAAAAGACUGACACGCAGUUUGAGGAUUAA